AGGUACAAUUUACACAAACAAGAAAAUAAUAAUAAGAAAAUAAAAUAAAUGGAAAUGAAAAUGACUCCAUGACGAGAUUUUGGCAGCUGCCGCCUUCUUGAACUUACCAGUGCUAGAGGCAGGAGGCGGCAAACCGUGCGCACAGAUCUCCCAGACCGCCUCCGAACUAGGUUUUUCACCGGCUCAGUACCCUCGGAGCUCCCUACCUUGUCGUUGAACUUGAAGGAAGCUGAAAUUGGAUCUACAGAAUGCCUCGGUACUAUUGUGAUUACUGUGAUACUUACUUGACACAUGAUUCUCCUUCUGUCAGAAAGCAACACAAUGCGGGCUACAAGCACAAGGCAAAUGUUCGGACCUAUUAUCAACAGUUUGAGGAGCAACAAACACAAAGUUUGAUUGAUCAGAGGAUCAAAGAGCAUCUCGGGCAGGCAGCAGCUUUCCAGCAAGUUGGUGCAGCUUACAAUCAACACUUGGCUUCCAUGCCAGGAAAUCCUCAGCGGCCUCGACUUCCCAUACUACCAGCACCUGGAAUGCACAUUCCAGGUGCUGCACCAGGCCCUCUGGUACCGGGAAUCAGGCCUCCAGUUUUGCCAAGGCCAAUGCCAGCACCAGGUUAUGGUUCAGCUCCAAUGAUGAUGCCACCAAAUGUAGGGCCACCCGGUGCGCCUUCCUUACCUAUGCAAUUAAAUGGUCUGCCAAGGCCUCCCACAGUUAAUGUACCAACAGCAGCUCCUAGUGGAGUGGCAACUCCUACUUCUAAUGGUAACCCCUCUACAAUUACGCAGCCAAUGUAUCAGGCAAUUCCAACUGCACCUGGAAGUAGUAAUGCUCCUUCAGCUGCGACUUCUGCUGAUGGCUUUGCUUAUGCACAAGCACCUGAGGCCAGUCAUUAGACCAGCUGAGCUGGUACGCAAUUAUGGGUUCAGGGUUUUUUGUGUGUGUUGUGUUAGGUGGAAGGACAGUAUGAACUGCAUUAUAAUUGGCUUCUGAAGGGUGCAUUUCUCCUUAUUUACAGUGAAAGAGUUGUAUAUUAAUCUGGUUUCAGUGAACAAGCUACUGUUGCUCAUGCCAUUGAGGAUGGGUAUUGGCCUUGACCUCUUGCAAGAUCUGAAGCUUUUGUUUUUGUUCAA